AUGCUUCAUGCGCUUGCAUCAGGUCGAACAUUUCGUGGACCAAGACCCUUCAUUAAUGCUCAAUUAAUCAACUCGUUCCUGAUCAGAUCUGAGACAGCAUACGAUAAACGGACGUUUCAAGUAAUGUGGGAGAUGUCUGAACCUGACCACCCGGCAGCGGGAUGCUUCAUGCGUUUGCAUCAGGUCGAACAUUUCGUGGACCAAGACCCUUCAUUUUAUUCAUCUUAUGAUUUCAUGCCGGGACACAUGAUAAUUAACGACGAAGCUACCUCUCGAGUCACUGUCGAGUUUGAAACGUUGACAAUUGAUACGGGUGUUUAUCUACCUUACUUGUUAUCGACGUUUUGGGCAAGGGAGGAAGGAUUGCGCGUUCACUCCUUUAAGCCUGACGCGAUUGUUGUUUGUGUUGGCCUUGGAGCUCGUACUCUGGGAGGAGUAGAAGACUCAAACGUCUAUCCCGACGAACGAUCUAUAUCAUAUAUUAUCCCAAGACAGAGUGGGGAUGUCAUAAUUGGUGGGACAUACGGACUGAAGCACGCAUCCAUGGCAGGACGCCAAAACGUUUCCGACGUCAGGUCUAUAAUGAUCGAGUCGGGGUUGGACUACGACCAGCCCGUAAGGGGGGAGUUCGUCUCGAAACUGGGUCCGUUCAGUACGUAUUCGGAUCCCCUGCCUUCAUUUGUAAAGUUCCUGUCGUAUAAUUAUGGACAUGGUGGGUCGGGAUACCAAUCCUCGUGGGGAACCGCCGAGAAGGCUGUGGAGCUAGUGCAGAACCUAUUGUCGUCGCUCGGAACAAACUACUUGCGUAUCUUUGAGAUUGUCGAAGAGCAGGCAGGGGCAAGCGGCAAUGCCGAAGGAUCCGCAAGCGAACCAGUUCCUGGCGAGAUGGAGAUGGACUCGCACGGAGAUGGGUUUAUUAAUGUCACAGAACUUCGAACGGCAGUACGGGCGCCUCCUCACACUGUGCUCAAGCUUCAUUUAAUCCGGGAACAUCGGAUUUAUGGUAUUGUUACUGGCUUGGAUCAGGUUCAAACCAUGGGUACCACAGAGGAUGGGGAUGCUAAAAUAGCUUUGAUGGAAUGGUCGGAUGUAGUUUAUGAUUUAGUAACCGUCUCGAUUCAUACAUACGAGCGCUCCACCCAAGUCAAUACAAAUACCAACCCACACUUCCGCUCACUCCUACGAGUUGAUCCACUGUAUCGUUGUGCUGCCCUAUUGUUGCCCCUGGGUGGACUUGCGUUGCUACCAUUCUACCAAACGCAGGCUGAGUUAGAUAUAUUAGACCAGGAGCAAAAUGUUACUAGCUUCGCAAAGGAAGCACCCUACUCCCCUAGUUUUGUACUAGAUUUACCCGCGGACGUAGAUAAUCGAAUCAAACAAGUUGUAGAUAUUGCCUUUUUACCAGGAUUCAACAACCCAACCUUGGCUGUCUUGUAUAAAUCCGAGUUCACCACGGGUGGGAUAGUCGGCCGUGCCUCCAACCAUUGGUUUUCGCGCGUGUCGAAUGUGGCAAACAUUGCGCCUCCAGACCAGCCAAACGCCGAAGGAUUCGAUAUGGACAAUGCGUUUAUAGAAUGGGUGGGGACCGAGCCUGCCUCUUCCUUCCCUCUGGGUCCAUUCGAACCGAUCGCGAGGCCAGAGCGUGGAUCGGUAUGUCCUAUUGGGGAGAGGGCUAUUUUCAUUGGAAGCUUGGAUGGGGAGGCUGCAUUGGCUCGGGUGGUCAGAGGUACGACGGAGAUUCAGGAAGAAGAGGAGAGCGAUGAUGAGAUGGAAGACGAAGACGACCUAUAUGGGGACACGACCGCACCAACCCAGGCUAAAUCUGGUGUUAUACUCCAGCCUAUCACUGGCCUUGUGGUCGUCGACACGCUUCCUGCCUAUGGUGGAAUUAAUGCUCUAGUUUUUGCUCUUGCAAAGAAUGGGGAGCGAUACGCGCCUGAGCUGGUCGCUUGUACGGGUGCUGAGUAUACGGGUGGAUUCACCUUGUUCCAACGAGAACUUCCAACGAGAAUAAGGCGCAAGGUCCCUGCAAUCGGAGGGGCUCGAGGCGUCUGGUCGAUCGCUCUCCGUAAACCACAUGCACAGGACCUCGAAAUGGUUGUGGUAAGCACUGAUCUAGCACCCUCUCCGGGUAUCUCAAGGGUUGCGAAGGCCUCUGGGAAUGAGGUUCAAAUUCUCGCACGCACACCAGGCUUGACCAUGGUUGCCGGUGCUUUCUUCCAACAGACGUGCGUGGCGCAAGUGACGACUAAUUCUAUAAGGCUGUUGGAACCUGAUGGCGCCGAACGUCAAUUAUACCUUGAUGCGGAAGGGAACAAACCCCGCCCAAAAAUCAAAGUUGCGCACGUUGCCGAUCCUUUUAUUGUUGUGAUACGCGAGGACGACACAUUUGGGUUAUUUGUGGGGGAUACGGCCAAGGGGAGAGGCACGAUAUGUGCAUCAGCUUCAUUUUUCACGGACCAUACCGAUCUAUUUCAGAUUCGCAAGCCAGGAGAUGUGGUAGCUGCUCAUUCAGGCCCUGGAUCUCAUCGCAGACGACCAGGAGAAUCUUCAAGCUCAAAGCGGAGAGCCUCAAGGAAGUCUCGGGGAGGCCCUGCCGCAUCCACUACCCUAGAAAACAUUGUUGAUGCGGAACAUGGCACUCAAUGGCUGGUAGUUUUGAGGAAAAACGGAUUCUUUGAGAUAUGGACACUACCAUUGAUUGGGCUUGCGUUUGCUACAGACCAACUGCAGGGAUUACCUGAUGUCUUGGUUGAUAGCGGUCAAGCGCACACUGUUUGUACAGACGGCGAAACGGAUAUUGAGCACGUUAUCAUUGCUCCGAUUGGAAUCACUCGACAAAACCUCAUUUAUAGGACUCUUGCCAUCUAUGAACCUGUACCUGCCCCGCCUCCUCCCGAUUCGUCAGAGAACUCGGCGCCAGUCCGUGACCAACUCACAGUACAAUUCGUCAAAGUUUUCUCGCGAGCGCUUCCCCUUGACAUGCACGAUACCAAAACGUGUGGCUGGUCGAUCCCUAGUGCCAUUCAAGUCUCCAAACCUAUCUGGCUUUUUGUUACCGGAGAUCAUCCAUUUUGGUUGCUCAGGACAGACGCAAGUGCCCUAAGGAUAUACCCUCACGCAGCACAAUAUGUGAACUCAUUCGCGCCCUGUUCAAUAUUUGAGAAGGGAGAAUAUCUGAUACACUCGGAUGAGGGCACAACCGUUGUGGAAUGGUUGCCUGAUGUAGAUAUCAGCCACGAGAUUCCGUGCCGAUCUUACGCAAGCGAUGACGGUCGGGUGUAUACCUCUGUGGCUUAUGAUGUUUCAACACGGCAUAUCUUGGCGGCGAGUGCCUUGAGGACUACAUUCGCGUAUUACGACGAGGAUUCUAAUGAACUUUACACCCCUGAUGCUACGCAUCCGAACCCGGAAAUUCACUGCUCUGCUCUUGAGUUGAUCACACCUGAUACGUGGACAACAGUCGACGGAUAUGAGUUUGCGCAGAAUGAGUUUGUAAAUGCCGUCGAGAGCAUACCACUCGAGACAUUGAGUACAGAGCGGGGCUUGAAAGACUAUGUUGUGGUUGGAACAACCAUUUCUCGUGGAGAAGAUCUUGCUGUGAAAGGGGCGACCUAUGUCUUUGAGGUGGUUGAAGUUGUACCAGAACCUGGGAGUAAGACUCGACAGUAUAGGCUGCGCCUCCUAUGUCGGGAAGACUCCAAGGGAGCUGUAACUGCGCUGUGCGGUAUGAACGGAUAUCUUGUGUCGUCAAUGGGACAGAAGAUAUUCGUGCGAGCGUUUGAUCUGGACGAAAAAUUAACCGGAAUAGCAUUCAUGGAUGUGGGCGUAUGCGUAACGUCAUUGCGCCCGCUAAAGAACCUUCUCUUGGUUGGAGAUAUGGUCAAAAGUGUUUGGUUUGUCGCAUUCCAAGAAGAGCCAUUUAAGCUUGUUCCGCUUGGGAAAGAUCGCCAACAAUUGUCUGUCACCCAUGCCGACUUUUUCUUCGGGUCGCAGGCGCAACUCUCCUUUGCGGUUUUGGAUGAUUUUGGUGUAUUGCGGUUAUAUGAUUAUAACCUCAUCAUCCUGACUCUGAUAGUGGCCUACGAUUGA